AUGGACAGCAGUGACCAACAGGAUGAGGAAAAAGUAGGUAGAAAAGAAAACGAUGGAGAGAAAGACAAAGAGAUAAAAAACCAGCUGAACAUUGAGGAGAAAGGAGAAACGGAGAUUAAAAAGAAUGAAAAAGAAAAGAGGAGGCGUGGAUGGGCACUAAGUGAAAGACUGGCCAUUAAUGUCUCAGGGAUGCGGUAUGAAACCCAACUUCGCACCUUAGCCCAGUUCCCUGACUCCAUGCUCGGUGACCCUCAAAGAAGAUCACGGUACUUUGACCCAAUACGAAAUGAACUCUUCCUGGACCGAAAUCGCGCCUGCUUUGAUGCUAUCCUCUACUUUUAUCAGUCAGGCGGGAGACUAAGGAGGCCCGCCAACAUCCCUCUGGACAUCUUCAUGGAUGAGCUAAUGUUCUAUGAACUUGGAGAGGACAUCAUGAACCGCUUCAAGGAUGACGAAGGCUUUUCUAAAGAGGAAGAGAGGCCCUUACCCUCUAACGAAAUGCAAAGAAGACUUUGGAUGCUUUUUGAACACCCGGAGUCUUCGUCGGCUGCUCGCAUCAUAGCCAUUAUCAGCGUCAUGGUUAUUGUGGUGUCUAUCCUCAUCUUUUGCCUGGAGACGCUGCCCGACUUCCGCGUUGAGAAAGAGACACGAGAGGCAUAUUUUUACAAACACCACGGCCAAGAAACUAACACAUCUGAGACCAUGCCUCCGCCUCCCAAUGUGUUCCAAGACCCCUUCUUCAUAGUGGAAACCGUGUGUAUAUGCUGGUUCUCUUUUGAGCUCAUCAUGCGCUUUUGUUGUUGUCCCAGCAAGAUGCACUUCUUUAAGGAUGUAAUGAAUAUCAUCGACUUCAGCGCCAUUUUGCCUUAUUUUGUCACUCUGGGAACAGAGCUGGCAAGGGAGAACGAAACCAGCCCCGCCACAUCCUUGGCCAUCAUUAGAGUCAUCCGGUUAGUGAGGGUAUUCAGGAUUUUCAAGCUAUCUCGUCACUCCAAAGGUCUCCAGAUCCUCGGUCAGACACUGAGGGCGAGCAUGCGUGAACUCGGCCUUCUCAUCUUCUUCCUUUUUAUCGGAGUCAUACUUUUCUCCAGCGCCAUCUACUUCGCCGAGGCCGACCACAGCGACACGGCCUUUAUCAGCAUACCGCAUGCUUUCUGGUGGGCAGUGGUCACCAUGACAACAGUGGGCUACGGAGACAUGUACCCAGAAACAGUGUGGGGAAAAAUGGUAGGCUCUAUGUGCGCCAUUGCCGGGGUACUUACAAUUUCUCUACCCGUGCCGGUCAUAGUAUCCAACUUUAGCUACUUCUACCACCGGGAAACGGAAUGUGAGGAUCGAUCUCUGUAUAAGCAUGUUACAAGCUCACUGUGGGAGGGUGAGGAAACAGAGGGAGAAGAAACACAAGAGGGGAACGGGAAUCCUGAUGGGGAUUAUUAUGCCAUUGGAGGCAACUACGACAGUCUUAAUGGGACUCUUCUGGGUAAUAUGCAACAGAGUUCUGAAUUAGAAGCAAAUAUGCUGUUAAGGGAACCGCUGGUCACCCAGGUUUGA